GAGGAUAAAAUGCCUGACAGUAUUGAAGAAAACAUACACCAAGUUUUAGACGGAUUAAAACUAAAUGAAGAUGAAAAAUUUUGUGACUUUUCUCUAGCACAACAAAACGAGUCUAAUGAAGCUAAGGGUAUAAAAUCAACAUCCAGCUCCAACUAUUUACCAAUUUGUCAGAAAACAGUAACAUAUAUAGUCGCAGCAGUAAUAAUAAAUGACAAAAAUGAAGUGCUGAUGAUUCAAGAAGCAAAAGCAUCAUGUGCUGGUAAGUGGUAUUUGCCGGCUGGUCGUGUUGAACCAAAUGAAACUUUAAUAAAUGCAGUAAAACGCGAAGUAUUAGAAGAAACUGGUCUGUCAAUGGAACCAAAGUCAUUGAUAAUGGUAGAAUGUGCUAGUGGUUCAUGGUUUAGAUUUGUUAUGGUGGGAGAUAUUACUGGUGGAGUACUGAAGACUCCUGAUCAAGCUAAUGAAGAAUCCCUUCAAGCAUCAUGGAUUAGUAACGUUAAUGAUUUAUCACUCAGAUCUUCUGAUAUUUUACCACUCAUACAGCGUGCAAAAGAUCGUAAAAUUGCUAGUAACCCACCGUGGCAUUUACCAUUGCUACCAGUUGAGAAGUCAUGGAGCAAACUUUUUAUACGGCUUAUUGUUUGUAUAAAAAAAAAGCAACGUACGAAUCGAAUGCAUGUUCUUAUAUCAGAAAAAUCUUGUUUGCAUCUACCGAUAUGUGAAAUAAAUCCAAAUAAAAAUUUACAUUCAACUUUACAUAAAUUCAUGGUUGAAAUUUUUGGUAACGAUGUGCCUCAACACCGACCACAUGGACUUUUGUCAGUAGAAUACAGCGGUGAAGAGUCGGGCGAUGGAAUUUGUUUUACAAUAUUAGUAUCAUUUCGUCCAGCUUUAGAAGAAGUAACAAUUAUGGGUAAAUAUGUUUGGCAUGAAGUGAGCAAAAAUAUUGCAGAUUCAAUUGCUGUGCGCUUACCUCGUAACAUGACUAUACCAUUGAAUGUUGUUCGAUAA